AUUCAUCUGUGGAAUCUUUGUACCGUAAACUGUUAUGCUACCAUACCACUUCAGUAAUUUCAUUUGGAUGAUGAAUGUGAAUGAUUUGGAUGUACUGGUAAUCAUGUUUCGUUGCUACAUUUGAAGUGAAUUUCUGUUAUUAUUGUCGAUCAGCAGUGAUAAAGUUUUUUUUAAAUCUUGGAUCUACAACAAGGUGCAGGGUUCAAAUCCCACAUGGCGCUAUUCAUUUGGCAACAUUACCUUGCAGGAAUGCUUUGAACUGGUUAGAGGCAACAUUACCUUGCAGGAAUGCUUUGAACUGGUUAGAGGCAACAUUACCUUGCAGGAAUGCUUUGAACUGGUUAGAGGCAACAUUACCUUGCAGGAAUGCUUUGAACUGGUUAGAGGCAACAUUACCUUGCAGGAAUGCUUUGAACUGGUUAGAUCUCAACAAAAUCCAACAAGAUACCGUGUAAAGGAACUCAGUUUGAUAUUAUUUUUGAGCAGAUAUUUCCCAAGGUGAUGUUACAUACAAAAGUUAAGACGGUUGCAAGAAUACAGUACUGCCUGGGAAGAAGUGACCCAUAAUUGACCUCAUUGACUUUGCUAAGAUAAAGCAGAAGACUACAUUAAUUUGAAUUGAAACUGAAGUAAACAAGUAGUUUGUAAAGACUAGAAAUACAGCCAUCUGAAAAGGUAAUAAUUGAAGCAUGAGAUAAAAUGAGUGGUUUGGAGGAUAGUGAUCAUGAAGUUGAUGAGUGUGCAGUGCUUCUUGUUAACCCAGACAGGUCUAGGUCUGAGGCAUCUUUCCACAGAGGCAGACAGAGAGCCAAUGCAGGAAACAGGCAAGCUAACCAAGAACGACAGAGGGAUAGAAAUCCACCGCCAAUGGAAGAAGAUGAAGAAGAUGAGAUGCUCAAGUAUGGAGCUAAGCACGUUAUCAUGCUCUUUGUGCCUGUCUCACUCUGUAUGUUGGUUGUCGUGGCAACAAUCUCCACCGUAUCUUUCUACACAGAAUCUGGGGAUGUUUACCUGAUAUACACUCCUUUCCAUGAAAAGUCUGAACAAGCUGGAACUAAAGCAUGGAAUGCCUUAGCAAAUGCUCUUAUUAUAAUUGGCAUAGUUCUUGUCAUGACAAUAUUUCUGGUGGUUCUGUAUAAAUACAGAUGUUAUAAGGUUAUCCAUGGCUGGUUAGUCUUGUCAUCUCUUCUUCUUCUGUUUUUCUUCACAUUCUUUUAUUUACAAGAAUUGCUGGUAACUUACAACAUACCAAUGGAUUACUUUACCAUAGCAGUAAUCAUGUGGAACUUUGGUAUGGUUGGUAUGGUUAGCAUACAUUGGAAGGGACCAUUACGUCUCCAGCAGCUCUACCUCAUUGUCAUAUCUGCUCUCAUGGCUCUUAUCUUCAUCAAAUACCUCCCAGAAUGGACCCUCUGGACCAUCCUGGCAGCCAUUGCCGUUUAUGAUUUAUUUGCUGUGCUAUGCCCCAAGGGUCCUCUCAGAAUGCUGGUAGAAACUGCUCAGGAGAGAGAUGAACAGAUAUUUCCUGCACUCAUCUAUUCAUCAACAAUGGUGUGGUUAGUAGGAAUGGCAGAUGUUGAUUCCAUGCAACAGGCAUCUAAAGGAAAUAAAAAACAACCAGCAGCCGAAGAAAGUGAAACUGGUGGUGAAGCGAAUCAAACAGUGUCAGGUGAACAAGAGGAUGUUAACGGUGGUUUUGAUACUGUGUUUACUGAGCGAAGAGAUAGAGAUCUAGAGAGGAGUACAAACUCUAGCGUUACCUCUGAAGAUAGGAGAGCUGCUGUCAGGGCAUUGAGACAGAAUAAUGCACAGAAUAAUAGACAGCCUACAGUAGAUGAGGAGGAAGAAGAAGAACGUGGUGUUAAAUUGGGUCUUGGAGAUUUUAUUUUCUACAGUGUGUUAGUAGGGAAAGCAUCAGCAUCAGGAGAUUGGACUACAACUGUAGCUUGCUUUGUAGCAAUUCUUAUUGGUCUGUGUUUAACACUUAUUCUUCUUGCCAUAUUUAAGAAGGCCCUUCCUGCUCUCCCAAUCUCCAUUGCCUUUGGUCUUGUUUUCUACUUCUGUACCUCCAACCUAGUGUUCCCAUUUACAGAUGAGCUUGCAAGUCAACAGGUUUACAUAUGACAUCAUACAUCUUUUAAAAGUUCCUGAUGAUAUUAUAUUGUUCUGUUUCAAAAGGAAAGUUUACUUUGAAAUUAGUUUGUUUAAAUAAACAAGAAAGAGAGGAACAGACUAGUGAAAUUUUAACAAACAAGGAUUGGAACUAGGCAAAUCAUGAACUUUCAAAGUUUUUAUUAAGCAAGUACUUUGCAAUAUAUGGUUUCCUUCCAUUCAUUUGUGAAGUAAUAAAAGUAAAUUUACCGUAGUGAUAACAAAUUAAUUUUUUUUUUCAAUCCAUAAUGAAAAUAUAAAAUUUCACAUCAAUGACUUUAUUUAAUGUUGAAGUAUGAUGAAAAAUGUUUGGAAAAAUCAUGGGAAAAUGAAAAUUUCUGACUUGAAGAUGAGCUCAUGGGGGUGAUAGGCUCAAAUAUUACAAUCAAAGAGUUUGUUAAUUGCAUAUCAAAAGUUCAUUAUUGUCUAAUUUUCAUUGGGGAUAUGCUUAAAUGUUCACUCCCCCAUUUCUCUCAAUUUCUUUUCAAGCUACCUUGAUUUUAGAGUGGACUUUCCCAUUGAAUGUGUUAAAAUAUUGCUUGUUAGAUUUAUUGUUGUUCUUUUUUAAUCAUAAAAAUUUUUUAGAGAAUGAAUUAUCAGUGACAUCACAGAAUUGGAGAAAAUAUGUAAGGCCUGGGAAAGUGUUUUAUUAAGCAUAUUGUCAGUGAAUUUUCAUUACACUGACUAACUUGUUCUGAGCCAAUCAGCUACAAGGAUUUCAGUAGCUUGUAACAGGUAUCAGUGAAAAUAAGAAACUAUUUUGUUUAACAAAAUACUUCCAACAAAAGUUUUUUGUGGUCUGGAUGGGGGAGGGGGCAGUUAUUGAAAUUUCAGAAAAAUAUUCUCCAACAUCAAUUUAGAAUUGAUUCUUUAACUUACUCAAGAUAAACUAACCAGAUUACAGUUGUUUACGUAGACUGGCUCUUUGAUGGAAAUUGAAUUUAAAGAGAAAAAUGGAAUGUCAAUAUUUUUAAGUAGUUCAAGCUAAAGCUGUAGGCUUAGAGAAUUAAGCUUCUAACAUUUCCACUGCAUCCUCAUGCUUCAUGCAAUAUUUACUUCAUGAGUUUAGAAAUAGUUAAACGAAGAAGAGAUUAACAUUCAGCAUAUCUGAUCAUAGUUAGGCUGUUGGGGGUUUUAAAAGACCAACACUAGAAAUCUAUUUCAAGGAAUUUUGAUUCAGGUUAAUAUAAAUUUCUAACUAACUGACCAAUUAAUAAUGAAAACAUUAACAAUCUUAUUUUAUUUUGUGUUUUUUUUUUCCAUCAAAAAUGACACCACUGCUAACAUGUUAUAAAAGAAUUUAAAAAAGGGAGAAGUAUUGUUAUUUGGAACAACAUGAUUGCUGGAUCUAAUUUAUGAAUUGUUUGUAAUGAGGCUGUGGGCACUAUUUCUAUGAAUUGGAAAGGCCCAACAGACACCAUGUGAAAUAUCAUAUUGAAAAAUAUGAUGGAUCUUGAAUAUUAAAAUAUAGAGUUCAUUGAUGGUAUUUUGCCAGUUUGAAAAUAUUCCAUCUCUUUGUUUGGCAUUGUUAUAUUUUGUGUGUUAAUGUUGCUCUUAUUUAUUUUGUUUGUUUCUAUGUUAAUUUUGUUGAUACUAUGUCUAAUGCGUUUAUAUUUAAGAAUGUUCUUAUCAUGAUUUUUUUAUUAAUUUUGCUUGUCAAAAAGUGUAAGAUAUUCACUCUGAAUUUUGAUGUGUACAGAUGAUUUUUGCAAGAAAAUGGUUAGGGAACUUUAGUAGUACUUAUUAUAUUAGCGAUUUCACAAGCCCUUUUUAAAUUAUUAAUUAAUGAUUUUAUUCACAAAUGUAUGUAUCAUUAGGAGAUAAAAAUUUCAUAGUAUAAUAAUACAGACAUGAAAGCUGCAUAGAAUUGAAUGAUGUAAUCGCCCAGCAUUGUAUAGGUAGACACUGUAUGACUACAAAGAAACUGAAAUUAGACAUUUAGCUUUACACAAGAUGCAUGUACACUAUUCUGACUAUUCCCUUAGCAGCAGAGUUUGAAAGAUUUGCUUCAUUAUAUAAAAUUUGAAGAGAAAUAAGUGAUAUACUAGUUACUUUUUGAAUAACCUUCAAAUGUUAUGCUAUACAGAAUUAUGAAAUGUAUAGUCUUUUGAUUGUGCCAUGGUAGCUGUUGAUUAGAGAUGAUGAGGUGAUGAAAUGCUUUUUUUCAUUUCAUACUCCUUUUUGUAAACUCCAACAGAAGAGAAAAGAACAGUUACAUGUAGGUAAUGUUUCCAUCUUGGAGUAACCCCCAUGUUUUGCAAUUCUUCAUGAACACAAUAGAUAAUUUCAAGUUUUGUGUCGGUGUACUGACUUUAAUUCCAAUAUUGAAUGUGGGCUUGAUGUGACUAACAUAUGAAAGCUCAAUAUCUGUUGUUUAUCGCAGCACCAGCCUCACUUAAAAUUUGAUGUGAUGAAUUGUGUAAAUUAGGCCCAACACCAACGUCAUUUCCAUUUAUGCUCAAUCUUAUACUGUUUUUAUUUACAAAGGAAGAAUGUUUAUCUGUGAACUUGUACCCGAUUUAUAUUGCUUUGUAUUAUGUUUGAAUGGAAAUGAAAUAAAGAAUUGAAUUGAAUUGAAUCAGUUAUCAACACCAAUCUUAAAAUCACACAAUAUGUUUUUUUCUGUUAAUAGCCAAAGGCUUAUGUGCCUUAUUUUCCAUAAUUUGUGGACUUGUCAUUCAUCCUAAUCUGUCAUACCCUUUUCAAAAUAAAUAGGAAAAGAAAAUUGUGGAUGAUUAUUGGUAAACUAGGUGAGGGGGUGGGGUGAAAUGAAUUUAAGAUAUAUAAAGAUUUGUAUUUCAAUAGUUAAGUCAAUGACAGGCUGAAUGUGUUGGAAAAAAGGAUUAAACUAAAAAUCUAAGUCAAUCAAGCAUAGUAGGCCCCUUUGAAUAUAGGAAUUGUUGAUGCAAAUUGAUGAUGAAUUAGUAUAAUUGUUUUUAAAAAGCUGAUAUUGACGCAUCAGAAAUCUAAAUCUGUUUUAUUUUUUCUCAGUGAACCUAUCUGACAAACAAAUUCUGGCAGUAUCAUAAAUCAUAUGUACUUCAGAUACUAUUCAAGCUCUAUUGAAUUUACUGAAUGUUGCUCGAAAAAUAGAAUUUAUCUAUGUUUAUAUGAUACUAAAUGAUUUGAUACAUAACCACAUAAUCAGCCUCUGAAUCUUAUGAAAUUUUUACAUUUCUUAUCAACCAACCAACCCUCAUACUCACAUCUGAAAAUCAUAUACAACUGUCAACAUAUUUGAUGUAUAGUAAAGGCCUUUUUUCACCUUACAUAGAUAACCCACUAUUACCCAUUUUAUACUGUGUGUAGUCAAUGUAAAAAUAAUGUAUCAAGAUCAUGUAGAUCAUUUUGAGUAUUAUUGCAACCAAUUUUAUGAAUAAAUGAUAUUUGAUUGUAUAGACCUAAGUAUAAUUCUGUUUUAUUUGUUUUGUUGUGAUUUUACAAUAAAGUCUUUACUAUUUGUUGAAAUGUA